AUGUCCUCCAGACCUCUCCGUACUCGCAAACUUUCUCUUGUCCUAAAACCGAAUAAGAAUCAACAAUCAAAAGUAUCUAAACAUUCGUAUAAGAACCGUCACAAUAAUAAGAAUACCUCUGACCCAUCCCAACGCACCAGUGGCGACUUAGACUCAAUUGAAUACAUCGAUAGAAUCCUCAAGUACUACUCUCAAUCCCAAGUAUCAAUCCUUGACGAUUCCGAAAAUGAGAUCGACCUGUUUCUAAGCCAAACCAACGACAUAUCCUCUCCUUCAUUUUUAGAUGAUCUCCAUAAUAACAGCUCCAAUGGGGAUGCCCUUUCCACCAAUACUUCUUCAAAAUCAUUGGCUAACGAUGAUGAUUACAAGUCAGAGCUGACCUCUAUCAGCUUCCCUCCAUCCCCAGCCGAAUCUUUGAGUACCACCACUACAUCAACCCCUGCUCCAACUCUUGAAGAUUUCAUUGAUUAUGAUGAUGAAGAGGAAGAAAAUGACAAUGACAAUGUGUCUUCUAAAGCUUCAUCUCGGGCUUCCACCCCUCCUCCUCCUACUGCUGCUUCUAGUCCUUCAAGCGAUAAUGCUCCAUUCUACGCCAUGGGGUGCUAUUCUGCCCCGUACUCUAACCGCAGAGUUCCAGUAUUGGACUACAGAUGCCAUGAUAAGCUCAACCUUGCCCUUCUUGAAGUCAAUCACCGCCCAAGAACCGUGAGAACCCAACCACAGACUCACCGUGGCUCAGCUUCAUUGUCAUCAGCUUCAUCUCAACUCCCAAAUAUCCCUCAAUUUUCUCCAGAUCUUCCUGGUCAAACUGCCACUCCUAGAAGAAAUUUGCCUGGUGUCACCGUCAUUGAUUACAAGACUAGAUAUUACGAGUAUCUACAACACAAAUAUUCUGCUCCGGUCGCCGCGACUGCGUCAACUGGCAAAGGUCUUAACGGUCCCCUUAAUCGUCGUGCAGUAGGAGGCAAUGAAAUGGUUGGUGGCAGUAUUGUUUUGAAUGAAUUGUUUUAA